UGUUACAAAGGGCUUUGGAUAUUAUAGAAAAAUAUCCAACCUUCGUUACCUAUUCGACUGCAAAUAAAACGAGAGAACUCAUAGAGAUUAAAGAAGACGAGAACAAUGGAUGAUGGUACAUCUGAGUAUUAUUUCACUGCUUCAAUGGAAUCUGGAAAAAUACUCUGUAGUUUAUUGAAAGCAAUACAGUUUCAAGAGUGUGCAGUAUUUUGUGCUAUGACAGAAGGUUUAAAGCUGACAGUGGAGGAAGGGAAAAGUGUUCAAGCUUCAGCCUAUGUCCCAGCUGAUAACUUUACAGAGUACCAUGUAAGAGAAGAUGUGGAUGUUAUGUUUAAGAUAAGUAUUGCAGUGUUAGCUGAAUGUUUGAAUAUAUUUGGUUCAGCGGAGGAAUCGAGUUUGAAAAUGUAUUACAGAUGUGAAGGUUCACCAUUACUUUUAGUGCUUCAACCGCAAUCAGUUCACAAUGUAAUGACAGACUGUGAGAUAUCAACACAGACACCGGAUUCUCUGCUAGAUUUGCGUGAUUCUGACGCAGAUGAAGUCGCUAAGCUAGUGCUCAAGGCACCGGCUUUCCUUGCUUUAUUAGCUGAUUUAGAAAGAUCCUGCGAUGUAUUGGAACUCAAUCUAUCACCUGAACAUCCAAAUGUUAGCAUUGUUACAUACGGUAUGCAGGACCGGUCAUGUAUAGACAUGCCCAAGUCAUCAGAUAUGGUGUCCAGCUUCAGUUGUGAGCAAGCUCUCACUUUGCGCUACCAGCUUCAUCAUAUUAGGCUUUUUAUGAAAGCUCUAGCACUCUCCUCAAAGGUAGUUUUAAGAUUCAGUAGCAAUGGAGUAUUGCUGCUUCAAUUGAAACUGGAGAAAGAAGAUCAGAGACAGAUGUUCUCCGAGUUCUAUAUUGUGCCUUUACUUGAUGAUUGAAAUUUGUUAAUUAAUUUAUUAAAUACUUUCUAUUUAAUAUAAUAAAAAUG